GGCUAUCCGGACGUUCUUGUGCAGCGUGUUACCACGUACGUGCAAUAUUUUGUGUGCGUAACGUUAUGUGCAAUUAAUUUUGUGUAGCGGAUUGUGUAACUGGGUAGCGGAUACUCGCGCAUGACAAAUAAUUCCUCAUAAAUUCUUAAAGUAUUCACAGUACUGAAUGGCGAAGUAUUCAUUAUAAUGAACUGCAGAAGAAUACCUCAAGACGAACUGAUUGAGACUAAUUCUUCGAGAAUUCUUCAGAUAUUCAUUUUUCUAAUUCUGUAUAUGUUUUCUUUAAAAUGAAUUCUCUGUGAACUUGUGUUCAUCUUUGUGCUAUCUGGGAAGUUACUUGCGCAUGAAUGCAUUUUCUUCGGAGUUUAAAACGAAAUGUCACCCGUCGCUUUAACACACAAUGUGUAUGCGUGCGUGUGCGUAUGUGCCCAGUCAAGAAAAUGCUAGCGGACUUGAUUAGAAACCCAUGCCAAAACCAUUAGCCGUCGGGCGCGUAGCUUGGUGCGCGGCGCGAGAGCCACAUCCCCACUCCUAACCCCACCACCGCUGUAGCAAUGUGGUAAACGCUCUCGCACCAUGCGUUCUUGCUUCUCUGCCGACUCUGCCUGGCAUCAGUGGUUGGGCCGUUGGGGCGCAAUAUAUGUGAACGUACACGGAGGAAUCUGCGGUUUGAGGAGAAGCCUAAAGUGAGAUCGAGAAAAUCCGAGACAGUACAGAAAGGCGUUCGUUCGAAUACAACAUCGACACAAUGCCUUCCCGAGACAAUCCUAGCCAAGGACGCAUGGCAAAUUUCAAAUUUAAUAACAAACACGAAGAGGCACGAAGAAGAAGAACCACGCUAUCGGUGGAGUUACGGAAAGCCAAGAAAGAUGAUCAGUUGUCGAAACGUCGCAAUCUCGAUCCGCAACAAGAACUGGACUUAUCGGACCAAGCUGCCUCCUCGCCCACGUCCGUUCUCUCUACAAACGAGAUUGUGAAACACAUAAACUCGUCAGACGAGUCGUCGCAGUUGCUGGCGAUUCAGACCUGCAGAAAAUUAUUAAGUCGAGAGAAGAACCCACCUAUAAAUGAUAUGAUAGAAGGCGGCAUAGUACCGCGCUGUAUCCAACUCUUGGACAGCGAACACAAUAUCCAAUUGCAAUUUGAAGUAGCUUGGGUGUUGACCAACAUAGCUUCUGGUACGUCCGAGCAAACGCAGAUUGUAGUGAAACAUGGAGCGGUACCGAAGUUAAUAAAUCUGCUUAAGUCUGUGUCGCCUAUUGUCGCCGAGCAGGCAGUGUGGACCUUGGGAAACAUAGCCGGGGACGGUCCGUAUGCGCGUGAUAUUGUUCUCGCGCAUGAUGCUCUGCCUAUUCUGCUCGAUUUAAUUAAACCGGAUACCCCAAUAUCAUUCGUGCGCAACAUCGUAUGGACCUUAUCUAAUUUGUGUCGAAAUAAAAAUCCACCUCCGGCGUUUGAAUAUAUCAAACCUGCUCUACCAAUAUUUAAUCGUCUGCUUAGCUAUACGGAUCACGAUGUGCUUGCUGAUACCUGCUGGGCGCUUUCUUACAUUACCGAUGGAUCCAACGACAAAAUACAAGCGGUAUUGGACACUGGCAUUAUACCGCAACUCGUACAGUUACUGGCGUGCCAGGAAGGAACUAUUCUUACUCCAGCAUUGCGUACAGUUGGAAAUAUAGUGACGGGUGACGAUGCUCAAACGGAUGCUGUGAUUCUCGCGGGAGGAUUGACGCAUCUUGUUACCUUAUUGCGGUAUCAUCGCGUUAAUAUUGUGAAGGAAGCUGCUUGGGCAAUCAGUAACGUUAUGGCUGGUAACACGAGCCAGAUCCAAAGUGCGAUAAGCGCUGGCCUGUUACCACCGUUGAUAGAAGUACUUCAGUUUGGAGACUAUAAGGCACAAAAGGAAGCUGCAUGGGCUAUAACUAACAUGACAACAGGAGGAACGAUUCAACAUUUAACUCAAUUAGUGGGAGCGGGCGUAUUGCCACCUUUUUGUAAUUUAUUGGAGACAAAGGACUGGAAUGUGAUCAUUAUUGUCUUAGAUGGUCUAACUAAUAUCUUAAAUGCUGCAGAAAGAAUAGAUCAGGUGGAAAAAGUUGCUAUUAUGAUUGAAGAAGCUGGAGGAUUAGAUAAAAUAGAAGCUCUUCAACAUCAUCAGAAUGAGCAAGUUUACCAGAAAUCCAUGGCAAUACUCGAUGCAUUUUUCUCUCAAGAGGAUGAAGAAGAAGCGAGCCUUACUUCUAAAGUUAAUGAGAAUGCUGAUGGACAAAUUGAAUUUAAUGUGACGGAGGAUCCGCCGAUAGAUAAAUUUAAUUUUUGAAUACAUACAUCUUUGAAUUUGAACUGAAGUACUAUGAAUCAAAGAAUUUAUACGAGACUUGAUUAUAGGUUUAUUUAUAAUGAUAACUGCCUACAAUAAAAAUUUUAAUGAUUAAAUCAGCCGACUAAGUGUCAACAAUAUUUGUGUGACAAAUAAAAAUAAAAAGCAACAAUCUAUUAUUCAAUUGUAAACGAUGAUCCCAUUUUUUUAUAUAUAUUAUAAAAAUUAAAUUAUAAAGUGCUAAGCACAAUAAUUUUAUUUUGAUAAUUGAGUCUCGUAUCUUUCGUAUGUUUCUAAAUACACGUGAACUUGCAUUAUUACAUUAAUUUCAAGAAAGAAGCUUUUGAUAGUGAUCAUGUAAAUUCUAAAAGUUACUGCAAAAUUUUCCAAAUUUAUUUAGUUAUACAUAUUUACAUUACAUUGUUAAAUCUCGUAACUGAUAAAUGUAUUUUGUAAUAGGAAUAAUCAAAUACAGCUUUCUUUGUACUACUAUUGUUGGAAGAAAGAAAAUGAGACCGGAACAUGUUUUAUUCUUUCUUUUUUUAAAUGCAGAAUAUAAUUAAUGUAUUAAGUCACAAGUUUUCCUUUAUAUUCUUACUAUAUUAUUUAAUCAUUUCUUUAUAGUGUGUUAUUUAAGGUCGUUAUUUUAAAAAAUCGGUUUCGAUAAUUAAUAAGAAUCAAUGAUCACGAUUAAUAAUGGUGAUGUAUUACGCGAUGUGCUAUGUAUUAUAAAUUUUCUAUAUAAAAAGACAGUAUUAUUU